AGAAGUGGGCGACGCCUCUUCUUGGGGUUUUUCUCCCUUGGAUUCUUCUUUAUUUAUUUUUGGAAAUUAAACACUAUUAUCAUUGAUAUCUUUAUCAUUGAUUUUAUUGUCUUGUGAUUCAUUUAUCUUUGUAAUUAGAUUAGGUUAAUUUUUGUAUUAAUACUUGGAUUAUGGAUGAAGUUUUUGGAGCAACAAGAAGUGACGAUUUCAAGAAGCUUUGUCAUCUUCGUUUCGUAAUCGGUAUUGAUGUCGAACGCAAACAACGCUGCUGCUAGCUCGUUCACAUUGAUGAGCCUUUGCCAAAAGGUGACUUUCGAUGGGACGAACUUUAGCGAAUGGAUAAGAUACAUUCGCACGAUUUCUCGCUACGAGGACAAGGAGUAUGUCCUCGAUGAGAAGCUCGAGAAGAUCAACCCAGAAAUCGCUACUCCGGCCGAAAUGACUGCUUUUGAGACUCAUGAACAUGAUGCAACGAAGGUUCAUUGCAUCAUGAUAGCCACAAUGAACACCGAAUUCCAAAAGUCCUAUGAGGACAUGUAUCUGUACGAAAUGCACCAAGACUUGUUGGAGAGAUACCACCAAAACGUGAGGCAAGAACGUUACGAGAUCUUCACUAACAUGAUCUCCGGUAAAAUGGGUCAUGGAGAAUCUCUAACCGUGCACCUGCAAAAGAUGCAAAGGUAUGUCGAUCGUCUUUGCAAGUUGAAUGUUGACUUUGGGGAAGACUUGACAAUUGACAUGGUGCUUCACUCCUUGCCUCCGUGUUACAAUCAAUUUAGGAUGACCUACCACAUGAACAAGGAAGAGGUCACCCUAAGUAAGCUCCAAGGUCUCCUUAGGGUUGCUGAGAGCAACCUCAAGGACAAGUCUGUUGCACCCACUCCCAAUCUACCCGCUGAUCCUGUUUUGGCCAUUAGGAAAAGAAGAGGCAAGAAGAGGAAGGCUCCGUCUAAGAGCCACCGCAAGGGAAAGUCCCGAUAUGGUUCCUCUUCUAGUGGGACCAAAGUUGAUCCCGCUAAGCCUAACCCUAACCCAAAGGAGGCAGAGUGCCACCAUUGCCAUAAAAUAGGGCAUUGGAAGAGAAGCUGCCUAGACUACCUGCAAGCCAUCAGGGAAGGAAAGAUCAAGCCGUCUUUCACAGGGACUAAGAAGAAAUAGAGAUGUGGAGCAUGGAAGAAUAAAUCUAAUCAUGGGGAACAGAAGAUCGUCGCCUGUGACCAAGAUUGGAGUGUAUUCUUUAGUGCUUAGGAAUGGUUUAUGUUUAGAUUUGAACAAUUGUUGCUAUUCGCCAGAAAUGGAAAGAAACAUUAUUUCAUUUCAUGGUUUGUUUAGAGAAGGAUUUAUAUUUUCUUUUAAUAAUGAGAAUGGUUCUAUUUGUGCUUAUCUAAAUGGUGUCUUAUAUUUUGAAGCAA